UGAACACGAUUGGUUGUUUAGGGCGUGACCUCAUCAUUCCGCGACCGAUUACGGCAGCGGUUCCUCGAGACUUGGGAACUUAUUUUCCUUCUGUAGUAACGCUUGAAACUAUUCCUCAGUCAAUGGCAACAGAGGGUGAAGUGAAGACGAGUGAAGAUGCUCCAGCAACUGGGAAGGUCAGCACCAGGUUUGACCUGGAGAAGGAGACUGAACUUCGGUUCGAAGUUGAGGCGGGCGAAGCAGCAGAACAAGUUGAGCUGGAGCUCCUCACAGGAAUGGCAGAGGUGUUUGGCUCAGAGCUGAACCGCAACAAAAAGUACACAUUUGGACCAGGCUCCAAGAUCGCAGUUUUCACCUGGCAAGGCUGCAGUGUGAACCUUUAUGGGAAGCCAGAGGUGGCUUAUGUGUCCAAGGAUACUCCCAUGCUGCUCUACCUGAACACACAUGCUGCCCUGGAGCAGAUGAGAAAACAAGCAGAGCGGGACAAUGAAAGGGGGCCGAGGGUGAUGGUGGUGGGACCUACGGAUGUGGGGAAGUCGACAGUGUGCCGGCUGCUAUUAAGCUAUGCUGUAAGGGUGGGCCGGAGGCCAACACUGGUGGAACUGGAUGUUGGACAGAGUGGGGUGUCAGUACCUGGGACAGUGUCAGCACUGUGCAUUGAGCGUCCGGCAGACUUAGAGGAGGGUUUCUCAGUCCAGGCUCCUUUGGUCUACCACUUUGGCUCUACUACACCAGGGACCAACAUCAAACUUUACAAUAAGCUGACAUCAUGCCUGGCCGAGGUGUUUUCCCAGCGCUGUGAGGUGAACAGGAAGGCCAGUGUGGGAGGCUGUAUCAUCAACACCUGUGGCUGGGUGAAGGGCUCUGGAUACCAGGCUCUGGUUCACUGUGCCUCAGCCUUUGAGGUCGAUGUGGUGCUGGUGCUUGACCAUGAGAGGCUCUAUAAUGAACUCAAACGAGACCUCCCUCACUUUGUGCGGGUUGUGCUCCUACCCAAGUCCGGAGGAGUGGUGGAGCGCUCCAAAGAGUGCCGGCGAGAUGCCCGGGAUGAGAAGAUCCGCGAGUACUUUUAUGGCUUCCGUGGAUUGUCCUUCUACCCUUUUUCCUUUGAAGUGCGUUUCUCGGAUGUCCGCAUCUAUAAGAUCGGGGCGCCAUCCAUCCCGGACUCAUGCUUGCCACUGGGAAUGUCUCAGGAUGACACGCAGCUAAAGCUGGUGCCUGUGACGCCAGGGAGAGACCUCACUUACCAUGUGCUGAGCGUGAGCAGUGCCGAGGAUGGAGAGGAAGGUGCUAGAAAGGGUAUAGUGGAGAGCCCUGUGUGUGGCUUCAUUGUGGUGACUUACGUGGACACGCAAACACAGGUGAUGAAAGUGCUAUCCCCAGCCCCCAGACCGCUGCCCAGACACACUCUGCUGAUCAUGGACAUCCGCUUCAUGGACAUGAAAUGAAGUAAGACUUCAGGAAUGCGGACUUGGUCACAAAAGAAGCGGGGAACAUGUUAGGGAGAGUUUCUGUUGAGAAGAAUUUAGUGAUAGAUGAGCUGUAUUUGUUUCGCAGUUGUCUUUAUGCUUUGCAAGGACUACAGAGGGCAAAACAGAAAAAGAUUGAAUUACAGAAAUUGGAAGCUGCAGUAAAUUAUGCCCCAUUUUAUAAACCACACUGUACAGAUGUUGUACAGAUGGCAAUUGGUGGAAAGGGAUGUGUUUUUGGUGCAUAUGUUGUUUUUGUGAUAAUCUGUUUUAUAAACACUGUUUUUUUUCUCUUGAAAAAUACAUUUUUAAAUGUAAAAAGUUCUGUGUUUUGUGUUAAUUAUACAUAGUUCCCCAGUCAGCAUCCUAUUCUACACAUGCACUGUAUAUCUGUUCACAUUUAUUUUCAUAUGCUGAAUACCUUAGAGACUAGCGAUGAAAAGAUUUGCGUGUCAGUACUUAAUCACAACUUAAUCAAGCCGGGGAAAACUCCGAAAACUUCCAUGGCUUUUCCUGGGAUUUUACCGCUGAAAAAAACAGAAUGUUUUCCAAAGUAUUUCCACAAAGCCUCAUCCAACAAUGAAGACUUAUUAUGAAUGUGUCUGUGAGGUGAGACAUAUUUCCUGCCUUCGCUGUUGUAUACAUUCUAUAAUGUGCAUGUCAGGUCUGUUUGGACAUACGUAAAUGGGGCAAAGGGCACUAAACUGUAGAUGAUAUCCUAACUGACAGUACUGUACCGGUAUGGUGGUAAGUGUUUAGGGGCACUACAAUAUGAACACCUUUGCUGUUUAUUCUGUAAACACCUGACAGCUCAUCCUGGCGCUCAUCAAAUAUUUUACAGUUCUACAAGCUGUUAUAAUGAUUCACAUCAUUAAGAUUUGAUAUUUUUAUAAAUGUUAUGGCAGCAAUAUGAACAACUUGCAACAAAUUGAAACAACAUGCUGUGUGGUGCCCAAACACUGAAUAAUUUAUGUCGUGAUUUUUACAUUGAGCAUGUUUUUUUUCUUCCCUUCAUUUUCUUUGCUAUUGUUUUAAACAUUGGCUUAAUUGUAGGCUGGUCUGUUGUGGGGGAUUUGAAUUGACCAUCUGGGAUCUGUGGUGAAAACUUCACAAAGAAAUUGUUCAACUGAGCUGCGUACUAAAACGCUCUCUAAGUUCCACAUUAGUAUUUUUUAUUUUUUUUUUUGUCUUUCAUAAGAAAUAAUGUUAAGUUGAUGAAAGUAGUAUUACAUGCUAAUACAUUCUGCCCAUUCAAGUAAGUUUUAAAGUGUCUCUGUGCCGGCCUACUGACAGAAAGGACACACUGGAUGAAGAACUUGAUGGCAGUUUCCAGUCUGAGCAAUUCAAUUCAUUAACCCUUUUAUAUGUUUAUGUGGACAUUUUCAUUUUUUCUAUAUUUGCUGAAUCACACUUUGCCAAAAACAAUAUAGAGGGGCUACUUGCACUAGAAUUAAAAAAACAUGAGGAAUGAAUGAUUUGUAAUGUUUAAUUGGCCCAUCUCUUACCACUUUAUGUAGACACUAAUUUGGUAAUUUGUAGGAAUAUUACAUUGAUUUAUACUCCUUUUAUACAGCUGGUCCUUUGUUGUAAAUGACAUUUAACUCAAAUGGUGACUGCUGCGUAGAUAUUAAAGAAUACAUUUUGAUGCUUUCAGAUCAAAAUAAUACUCUUAGUUAUUACCUUCAUGUCAAAAACAGAGCCAUCGCUACCUCUGAUGAAUGGACUGUGAUGAACAUGAGAGGGAGUUUUCAUUACACACAAAUUAUGGAUGAUGGGUUUUUACAGGCUGAUCCUUCUUUUCCGAUUCAACAUAUUUAAAUUGGAAAUUUUAAAAAUGAAAAUGGGAUGAAAUGUUGGUCAAUAAAACUUUAACUCUUUUGGA